AUGCAAGGGGAUUACAAGCUUCCUUGUUUACCAGGUUAUAAUUUCGACACAAAUCUUGGUCGUACAAGAUUCCAUAGAGAUCAGUAUUUCGCCAAAAUACAUGAAGGAGUGUAUUAUCUAUCAGAAAAAGGAGAUAAAGGUGAUCAUGUUAGUUAUCCAUCGAUAUAUCCUCGCGGAGAAACGCAAGAAUUGCCGCCAUGGAUUGCUUACGAUGGCCAAAGAUUGAUGUUCAAGGCUUUCUUUCAAGAAACCGUCCAAGAAAGAUGGAAAACAGCUUAUCAAAUACGCGUUGUAAACAUCAGCUUCUUUUUGGAAGAUGGUACGGUGAAAAUUUCGGAACCUCCGACAAAUAAUAGUGGAAUCGAGCAAGGUGUUUUACUCAGACGGCAGAGAAUCCCAAUGCCCGAUCCGGUGAGAUAUAGGUUUUAUGAUAUAAUUGAUUUGAAUAUUGGCAAAGAACCAGAAAUUUACGGGAGAGUGUAUAAAAUUGUCGAUUGUGAUAAAUUUACUAGACGAUUUUUGAAUCGAAUGGGUAUUCCGGUCCCAGAUCCGAUUGAUAUUCCAAAAGAUCCGUACACUGAACUACAAAAAUAUGAAUCAUUUCCAAAGAAACCCAAUUGUAAGAUUGACACUCGUGGCGAUUUCCUAAAAUAUGAUAGGCAAGUACUCCGAUUUUACGGUUACUGGGACGACACGGAUAAUCUUUUUGGUACCGUUCGUGACCUUGAAAUUCAUUAUUACCUUUCUGAUAAUACGAUGGAAGUAAAAGAGAAUGUACCGCCAAAUUCUGGACGAGAUUCUGGAUGUAUGUUCUUGCGGCGUAUGAAGGUCCCUAAAUUUUUUUCGGAACUGGAUCCCAUUGGUUCGGGUGAUCCUCUUACUGUCUUAAACGUUAUAGGAGACAAUACAUCCACUGGUUAUUAUUCAAUAGAUCCAUUAAAUGCAGGAAAGAUGCGCAAAGAGAUUUAUAAGGACAAUGAGCUCAGCAUUGGUGCUCACAUAAAUAUUUUUGGAAGAAAAAUUGUUAUAACGGAUAUGGAUGCAUUCACAAAGGAAUAUUACAGGAAGAAGUAUGGUUUGGAUGAUUUUACACCUUUGGAAAGGCCUCGCAAAGGUGACGAAGUCUGCAUGAAGGUACAAAAGUACAUUCCGCCUUACAACGGUUUUGGCACAUACGAAGAUUCCCUUGGAAACUGUUUCACUGUACUGCCGCAACCGCCAAAAAUGGACAUGAUUAAAUUUUUGUAUCAAGAUAAGCAAGGUUUUGACAGUAACGUCUUGAGAUUUAGGGCUAAAAUGAUAUCCAACAUACCGGAAAACGAAGAUAGAUUGUUUAUUAUAAGAUUUUUCUUAAUGGACGAUACGAUUUCGAUUUUUGAAUUGGCAAGAAGAAAUUCAGGUUUCAGGCGGUGUCUUUUUCAGAAAAGAAUGCCCGUGAUGUUGCCUAAUCAAGACAUAUUCACGAACUCGAAACCCGAUUACUACAAACCGGAGGAUUUCUAUAUCGGAGCACGUAUUAACUUACACGAGUUUAUCUUUGAACUUACCUCAGCCGAUAUUUAUGCCCUUCGUUAUAUGGAAUUACACUGCGAUAAGUUUCCGCAAGCUAAUGCCAAAGGAAUACUUGGGAAAUUACGGCAGAUUUUGAAACCAGUUUACAAGCAGUUUAUAGAACUUUAUACGCCAGCGAAGUCGGACAAUGGUCUUCAGAUAUUGUCUUCUGAACAAUUGAGAAAACUCAUCCGCCAGUAUGCAGAUGGUAAAAUAACGGAACAUGAAAUGAUUACAAUUGCUCGACACUAUUCCUCAGACGAAAAGAAAGAAUUUCACAGUCGAGAAUACGUAAGGCAGCUAAUUCAUACAGAACUUUCCCGAGCGUUAUGGUUGGACCUUGAUCGAUUAGAAGAGGAUCUUCAUCACUCGGAUAGAGGACGAACAGGAUGUUUACCACGUGAUACGUUGUAUACUAUACUCCGAGGAUCUAGAAUUCCAGCAGAUGUCGAACUGAUAAAUUCUAUGCUCGAUCACCUUUACAAGAAUGAAGAAGGAAAAUUAGAUUAUAACGAUAUGCUACGAUUUAUGAAUGUGAAAAUUGAUCCUGUUCCACCCACAGUGCCAAUAAACAUCAAGACUGCACUUUGGUGGGCGUCGGAGAAGGAACCAGAUUGCGGUGCUGGUAUAAAUUGGUGUGCUUUUAUAGAAGAUUUAGAUAUCAAAGACGAAAAUGGAGAUCCGGCAGAAACACCAAAAUACGUACCAGAACCGAAGUGUAUUACAAUUGAACCUUAA